GCCCUCCAAUACCAAUCUUCGAGGUGGGGGUGGUUACCCACAUCAACGGCUAUCAUUGCCGGUUCCAGUAGUCCCAGUUCCAGUGUCGAAGCACCGUUUCCCUGUCGAAAAUGUUUUGUACGAGGAACACACUGCCUAACACGGCCUGACGUCACAAAUGUGCCAAGAGCAAGGAGAGCAGGCAAGGCAGAAGCCAGGGGGGGAGCGGCCGGGAAAAAAAGAGUUUAAAAAAAUGAUGCUCUCUCUCCAACACGUCGUCGAGGGGAAGGAUGAGAAGUUUUUAUAGAGAUAGUCGCCACACGCCUACCCAGCAGCCGACUCAGCAGUCACCAUCUCCUGUCCCGUCUGCCUAGCAUGGGUGCUCUCAAGAACAUCGUCGAGCCAGCAUGCAUCGUUGGGAUAUUCACCGCCGGCUCGCUCAUCAACUCCCGGAGCCGGAGGCCCGUCGUCGACGGCCAUGAUGGCAGCGUUACCGACCCCAUUAGGGGCUGGGGUCCGCCCAAGAGGGCCCAGAGCCCCGUCUCCAUGAUGAUGCCGCGCUUCGACCGCCACAUCCUGACGCGGUUCCUCCACCGCUUUCCGUUCCUGAUGGAGAUAUUCUAUUGGAACCUAACAUACUGGAUCUACCAGCUCGCCCGCGCCUUCUCGGCCUCCCAGAUCCGCGACGACGACGCCGUAAUGAACACGGCAGCCCGGCACGCCCUGCAGCUCCUCGCCAUCGAGACGCGGCUCGGGAUCGCGAUCGAGAAGCCCAUCCAGGACGCGGUGCUGUCGCGGUGCCCGGAGCUGAUGGACGUGCUCGCGGCCGUGUACUACUCGCACAUCAGCGUGGGCGUGGCCUUCCUGGUGUACAGCUACACGUACCUCCCGUACCGGCGGCACGCCGCCUUCCGCCGCACGCUGUUCGUCGACAACUGGCUGGCCUUCGUCGUCUUCACGUCGUGGCGCGCCAUGCCGCCGCGCCUGCUCCCCUUCGACGACUACGGCUACGUCGACGUGCUGCACGGCGGCUCCGGCGGCAACGCCUGGACGCACAACCGGUUCCAGCUGACCAUCGCCGCCAUGCCGUCGCUGCACUUUGGCACCUCGGUCCUGCUCGCCGUCACCAUCUGGCGCUUCUCCCCGCACCCCUGGCUGAGGGCCCUGUGCCCGCUCUGGCCCGCCGCCAUGCUGCUGACCAUCCUCGCCACCGCGAACCACUGGAUCCUCGACGCCGUCGUCGGCGCCUUCAUCCCGCUCCUCGGAUGGCGCCUCAACCGCCUCGUCAGCCGCCUGACCCCGCUCGAGGACUGGCUGUUCCGCAUGCUGAGGACCGAGCGGCCACCGCCCGGCGAGUCAAUAGAGGUUUUGCGGAGGGAGGAGGCGGCAGUGAGGGGCAAUGGGGUAUAACCGUAUAACCGCCUGCCGAGUUUUGUUUGUUUUGGGAGUUGGCUACAUUCUCUUUUGUGUCCCUCCACCCGCCACCCGCCGAUCAACUCGCGGGCCGGUUUAUCGAGGGAGGGGGAGGAAGGGGCCAGGUCACCCCGGAGAUUUGAUGGCAUAUGCG